UCACAUAUUGCUGGAGCCGAGUGUGCCGUAUCAUGGCAAUGAGGGUGAACUCGCUGAAACCACUGAUUGGAGUUUCAUUAUCUUCUUCUUGCCCUUGCAACUCUGUGCAACCCUCCUUGGUCUCCUCGGUUUCAAGAAAUCGCCGGGUCUUAGCCUCUGCAGCUCAAAUGGCGACUAUUUCUACUACUGCUACCAAAGUCAUUGAUUCGCAUUUGCAUGUAUGGGCGUCUCCUCAAGAGGCGGCAGAAAAGUACCCUUACUUUCCCGGCCAAGAACCCAGUUUACCCGGCCAUGUCGAUUUGUUGCUCGAGCAUAUGGCUGAAGCAGGUGUAGAUGGUGCUCUCAUUGUCCAGCCCAUUAAUCAUAAGUUUGACCACUCUUAUGUGACGAGUGUCUUGAAGAAGCAUCCAUCUAAGUUCGUUGGUUGUUGCCUAGCAAAUCCAGCAGAAGAUGGAAGCGGGGUUAAGCAGCUUGAGAAUCUUGUUCUGAAGGAUGGCUAUCGUGCUGUUCGUUUUAAUCCAUAUCUAUGGCCUUCAGGUCAACAGAUGACAAAUGAAACUGGGAAGGCACUGUUUUCGAAAGCUGGAGAACUUGGGGUUCCAGUGGGUUUCAUGUGUAUGAAGGGUCUCAAUCUUCAUCUAUCAGAGAUCGAACAACUCUGCACAGAAUUUCCCUCUACAGUUGUAAUGCUAGAUCAUCUAGCUUUCUGCAAGCCCCCAAGGCAAGCACCAGCCUAUAAUGAUGAAGAAAGCUCAGUUUUUUCACAACUACUGAAGCUGUCCGGAUUUCCACAGGUUUACGUAAAAUUCAGUGCCCUAUUCAGGGUGUCACGACAGCCAUAUCCGUACGAUGAUUUAUGCCAAGUUCUGUCCCAAGUAGUCUCCAGCUUCGGUGCCAACCGUGUCAUGUGGGGCAGCGACUUCCCAUUUGUUGUUGCGGAGUGUGGGUACAAGGAAGCUAAAGAAGCAGUACCCGCCAUUGCCAAUCAAGUGCCUCUUUCAUCUUCUGACUUAGAGUGGAUCAUGGGGAGGACAGCCAUGCGACUGCAGCUCUUUCAAGAAGGGACCACGACGACCAUUAAGCAUCAAUAGAUUAGACAUCUCUUUGCAAAUGCACCCACCGGACUUUUUUUUUUUUUUUUUUUUUCAAGUUACUGAUAAAUUUAUUGCUGUUGCCCCCGGGAUCAGGCAUGAGAAUGGCCAGGCAUGAGAAUGGCCCAAUUUAUGCAAAUUUCCUCCAUCAGGCUGCUGCACAAAACUUUAUCCUCUACUCAAUCAGUGGGUGUAUGAAAGAAGUAUUUACUGUUCCGAUUGGACAUAAAGAUGGAUGGAUACGCAAGCCAUGCCCCUAAAACAUAUGCAAUUUACCAUAUAUACGGCACGACUAUUUGUAUACACAACAUUGUCUCAUCCGGCCGACCACUUCCAAUUCCUAUGAAAUGAGAAACACCUACUGUGCAAAACCACCCACUACUCAGUAGCUCAUGCACAAGCCACAUCCUGAAUGAGUGACUUUGCCUUCUAAAGACACGCUGAUGACGCCCCUACAUCACAAAUUAGCUGAAAUUUGGGGGCUGGAAAACAAAAACAAAUAAAAGAAUAUCUAACUGAUAAAUGCUUUACAGAAACGGUAUGCUGUACAGCUUUUCGACCAAACAUGAACGGUAAAACAGAGCUCUACUAAGAUCGAUUGGUCUAAUCUUCUAUACGUUGUAUCUCACCCAUCAUGAUGCGGUUGCUUGUUACCUUGAAUCCUAGAAGGGCUGGG